AUGGUGAAGAUUUUAAUGCGCGCCGACACGCACGUGUCGUUCGUCGUGCCCAUCGAGGAACCGGUCGCCAAGUGCACCUUAUCGCAGGUUCUCGCUGCCCUUUCGGUGUCGCUCGGAUCCAUGGUUGUUGGGUUCUCAUCCGCCUAUACCUCACCGGCGUUGGUGUCAAUGCAGGAUCGCAAUAUUACAUCGUUCGAGGUGACGGAACAGUCGGGUUCGUGGGUCGGUGGUAUUAUGCCGCUGGCGGGUCUGGCUGGCGGUAUCCUCGGUGGACCGAUGAUUGAGUAUCUUGGCCGGAAGAACACCAUCCUGGCGACGGCGACACCCUUCAUCAUCUCCUGGCUUCUGAUCGCUUGUGCCACGCACGUGUCCAUGGUGCUUGUCGGUCGUGCUCUGUCCGGUUUGUGUGUUGGCAUUGCGUCACUCUCGCUACCGGUUUAUCUCGGGGAAACGGUCCAACCGGAAGUGCGCGGUACACUCGGGUUACUUCCGACCGCGUUCGGUAACAUCGGCAUCCUGCUUUGCUUCGUCGCCGGCAAGUACUUGGACUGGUCCGGACUGGCAUUCCUAGGAGCCACUCUGCCCGUGCCAUUCCUCAUUCUUAUGUUCCUAAUCCCGGAAACGCCCCGGUGGUACGUGUCACGGAACCACGAAGAUCGUGCCCGCAAAGCCCUGCAGUGGCUGCGCGGUCGCAAGGCUGAUGUCGAGCCGGAACUCAAGGGCAUCUCAAAGUCACACCAGGAAGCGGAACGACACGCGUCCAAGAGCGCCAUGUUGGAUCUGCUGAAAAAGUCCAACCUAAAGCCGCUGCUGAUCUCGCUCGGGUUGAUGUUCUUCCAGCAGCUGUCCGGUAUCAAUGCGGUUAUCUUCUACACGGUGCAGAUCUUCCAGAGUGCCGGUUCGACGAUCGAUGAGAAGCUGUGCACGAUCAUCGUCGGUGUGGUCAACUUCAUUGCGACCUUUAUCGCGACCAUGCUGAUCGAUCGGCUCGGGCGUAAGAUCUUGCUGUACAUCUCGGACGUGGCGAUGAUCAUCACGCUCAUGACGCUCGGUGGGUUCUUCUACAUGAAGAACAACGGCAGCGAUGUGUCUGAGAUCGGAUGGCUUCCGUUGGCCGCGUUUGUCGUGUUUGUGGUUGGUUUCUCGCUUGGAUUCGGUCCCAUCCCGUGGCUGAUGAUGGGUGAGAUCCUGCCCGGCAAGAUCCGUGGUUCAGCCGCAUCCGUCGCGACCGCGUUCAACUGGAGCUGCACGUUCGUGGUCACGAAGACGUUCUCUGACAUUACCGCUUCCCUCGGCAAUCACGGCGCAUUCUGGUUGUUCGGUUCGAUUUGCGUCGUUGGUCUGUUUUUCGUCAUCGUGUACGUCCCGGAAACGCAGGGCAAGUCCCUUGAAGACAUCGAGCGAAAGAUGAUGGGUCGCGUGAGGCGUAUGAGCUCGGUGGCCAAUAUUAAGCCGCUGUCGUUCAACAUGUAAGACGUCCCGGUUGUCGACCGCAAAGGAUACGCCAGCAGUGUACAAAUAUCCCGCACUACACCCAGCCGGUUGCGGCUGGUCGUGAGCUGGACGGGUGUGGAAGCCAACAGCAGCAGAAGCAGAAGCAGCACAAGCACUAGAAUGUGAUAUGAUCCAAUAGAUUGUUUUGCCGGCAGGCAGGAUGUACUCGAUUUCGUUAGUAGGUCUUAGUAAGCAACCCAUUAUCCACCUCUUUUUCGGUAGGCGUCCCUUUUUAUUUCGGCUCUCUUUAAGCCUUCCGUGCGCGUUGAGCUUUGCAUACCCUACCCCAAAAUUGAUUCCAAAUUCUCGACAUAUUAACCUGUAACGGGCAAAACGCGCCAUUUCCCAAUCCAAACUGACAGACCGGAAGCCUCAGUAAGCUUCCUUUAGUCUCCACUGGGGACGCUGUGCAGUGCCAGUGCACGAGUUGACCGGAGUCAAUCCAUCAUUCAGUGAUUAGUCUAAUAGUUGAGAGAGUUUAGUUUACUUUUUCAGAGCAGUGAUUCCCGAGCAAGGCGGCCCGCAAGAGCCGCAUCGUUUUCGUGCGUUCCGUUUUAUCAUUGCGCGGAGUGUAGGAGGAAUACUUUUACGGUAGGCUUAGGUUUAGAUUUGCAAGAUCGCCUCACAUGAGCAGAUUAAAUAGGAGUUGAUCCUAGGUUAGAAGUGCGGCUUUUCGAGGCAACUCGGAAAGACCACAGCAUGAGGCACAUGUAGAGUGGGUUUAUCUUUCGUUCGUUUGUUUUAGCGCUAAUUGGUUUAGUUGAAGAAUAUUUCUUUUCCUUUGCAGUAGAAUUGUUAGAAGAUCCGGCGGACGAGUGCGGCAUGGUUCGAUUUUCAAGAGCCGGGAAUAAGCCCCGGGAAUGUACAUAGGGUAUACGAGACAAACAAUCAAUAGCACACUGGAAACAAAAAACAAUCAAAUUAUGAGAUCCCAUAGCAACCCUCUUUUGGUUGCUGCAGCGUAACAUGACACGCACGAUUGGCACGAAAGCAGAAGUAAGCCACGAGAAAAUGCUCUCGUACGAUUGGUAGGCUUUUCCAAUCGCGAAUGGCCUUAUGAAUCUCGCCAUCCUCGUCAAAGGGGAUGCUGCGAAAAAAAGGUUCCUCAAAAACGCGGCGAUAGUAAUAUUUAGCGAAUUGACUCAUAAGCCGACAAAACGUUGGUGGCUUUCAGUGUCCAGCGAGUUAUAGAUGUUUUCCACGACAGCAAAACAAACGACAUCACACACCAGAAUCGCUUCAGAAGAAGUUUUUGUUUCUUACGCUAUUUUUAGACAUAUGAAUAUCAAAAGAAGAAUACACCUCGUAUUUUUGUAAUUGAACUGCACAAGAGGAUUAUAAUAAUAUAACAAUAAAUAAAAGAAAAUAUUUAUCAUGA